UUAAUCAUAAAUAUUGAAUUUAAUUAGAACACGUACAUAUGCAUGCAAAUGUUUACUUAUGACAACAUAUAGGCCAUUAUCAAGUGUAAUAAUUAUUUUCCUUACCUCAUCAUCAUCAUCAUCGUCGUCAUCAUCAUCUAUUCAUCAACUCUCCAACUCCAACCAUAUAAACAUCAACUCCAUUCCAUGACAAUAAUCCACACCCUCACCCACAAUUCUCCCCAAAAUCUUGCUUAAACACACAAUGCAACUCCUACUAUCUAUAGCUCUUCCACUAAUACUAAUCAUAUACCUAAUCCAAAAAAGAAGAAACCCUAAAAAUACCCUAGCUCCGCCCGGCCCCCGCGGCCUCCCCUUCAUCGGAAACCUCCACCAAUUCGCCGCUACAACCGACCAACACGUCUACCUAUGGAAACUCUCCCGAAAACACGGUCCCGUCAUGCAGAUGAAGCUCGGCUCCGUCCCCCUCCUCGUCGUCUCCUCCGCAGAAUCCGCCAGGGAAGUCCUGAAAUCACAGGAUUUGGCCUUCUGCAGCCGCCCGAAGCUCCUCGGGCAACAGAGGCUCUCCUACAACGCCUCCGACAUGGUGUUCGCCCCCUACGGGGACUACUGGAAGGAGGUGAGGAAGAUCACCUCCAUCCACCUCUUCAGCAUCCGGAAGACCCAGUCCUUCCGCCCUAUCCGCGAGGACGAGGUCUCCCGGAUGCUGGCAAAGAUCCGGGCUUCUGGUUCUGAACAACCAGAAGCACGGGUUGUGAACCUGAGCGCCGUGGCCAUGGCGCUCAGCAGCACUCUCAUAUGCAGGGUUGCAUUCGGGAAGAUAUACGACGAGCAUGGCGCGGAGAUGAGGAGAUUCGACAGGUUCUCUCGCGAGGCGCAAGAGCUCAUGGCUACUUUCUACGUGUCGGAUUACUUCCCUUCAUUUGGUUGGAUCGAUAAGCUCACCGGAUUGAUGGAUCGGCUUGAGAAGGUCUUCUGGGAUCUCGAUUCGUUCUACGAGGAGCUCAUCGAGGAGCACCGGAAUCGUCGGGAGAGGGCGGCGGAGGAGGAUGAAGAUGUUCUUGGUGUUUUGAUCAAGCUUAAAGAGGAGAAUUCUUCUUCUGUUGAACUUGGAUGGGAUCAGAUCAAAGCGUUACUAAUGAAUAUUUUUAUUGCUGCAACUGAUACGACGACUGUCUCAAUCGUUUGGACGAUGACGGCACUAAUGAAAGCGCCAACCGUGAUGAAAAAAGUGCAAGCAGAAAUCAGAAAUUUGAUAGGUGAAAAUGGUAAAUUAGAUGAAGGUGAUUUGCCCAACCUUCCCUAUUUGAAAGCAGUGAUUAAGGAGACAUUGAGGUUGUACCCUCCAGCUCCACUGCUUGUACCAAGACAAACAAUAGAAAAAUGCACUCUAGAGGGAUACGAGAUUCAACCUAAUACAGUGGUUUUUGUUAACGCGUGGGCGGUUGCAAGAGAUCCGAAGUACUGGGAAAAUCCAGACGAGUUCAUGCCUGAGAGGUUCUUGAAUAGCAAUAUUCAUGAUAUCACGGGGCAAGACUUCGGGGCGAUCCCAUUUGGAUCAGGACGAAGAAUUUGCCCUGGGAUGUCUAUGGGACUUGCAAACAUGGAGCUCACGGUUGCAAGUCUUCUCUACAAUUUCGACUGGGAAAUGCCUGAAGGGAUCAAAGCUCAAGAUAUCGAUACUGAUACCGUACCUGGAAUCACUAUGCAUAAGAAAAACCCUCUCAUCCUUGUAGCUAGAGACUAUGUUGCUUAGUUUGAAGCCUUUUUUUUUAAAAAAAGGAUUAAUAAGGUUUUUUCAUUUUCCCCUGUGAUGACUCAAAUUCUCAACUAUUACGAUUGAAGGAGAAGCUUCUUACCAAAUGAGCUACACUUUAUUGUUUGUUUAGUUUGAAGCCUUUGUGUUCAUCUAAAUUAUCAAAUAAAUUGAUAUUAAUUACUGUCUA